UCACAGGGAUUGACCAAUCACAAAACAGAUAGAAAAGUCGUCACAUCCGGUUUCAGACGCAUGCGAGGAAACGUGUUCUCUCCGCAGCUGAUUUAACUCGCAGGACUGAAGCUAUCUCAUGGCUAAAGACAAACGACAACCGAAGCCUCCAAAGAGGAAGACGUUGGCUCCAGCUGACAGAAAUGAUGUUUGUGACGGAAAUAAUAAAGUAAAGAGAGCCAAAAGGGAAAAGAUGGACGUAGAGGAGGCUCCAGUUCAACUUCCAGAAGACACCAUUGCGGCGGAGGAAAAACAAGAGAAUAAAGCAAAACAAAAAACACCUGAAGCCGAGACGACAGAGGAGGUUCCAUCUCCACCAAAUGAUCCAGGUGAGGAAGAGGACUUGAGCCCAGAGGAGAGGCGAGUUCUGGAGAGGAAGAUGAAAAAGAUCAGGAAAAAGGAGGAAAAGGCACAUCUGAGAGAACAGGGGAUUAUUCUACCUAAACCUAUAAUCAUUGCUCGGCCUUCCAAGGCUUCCAAGAUAGCCUUAGAUUACCUCACCUGCUGGGCUGAAAAUCGUGAAGGGUGGAAGUUCCAGAAAAUCCGACAGACGUGGUUACUCCAGCACAUGUUUGACUCUGAACAGGUUCCAGAUGAAAAGUUUUCUGUGAUGUUGGAGUAUAUAGAAGGCCUGCGCGGUGGAGCAAGAGAGACCACAGUCCAGAAGGCCUUAGUCUUGGUGGAAGAAUCAGGACAAGAGGAUCCAGAUGUCCAGAAGAGGGCGCAAAGAGCUCGAGACGUUAUCCAGAUGCUUGCUUGAGUUUUCACUAAAGACUGAUGAGAUUGUCCUGAUUUUCUCAGAAGCUUGGCCUUUUUUUAGUUUAUUUUAGUUAUGCUAAUAAUUUCACUGUCAAUAAUACAUAUUCAAUGUAAUGAAGUAUAGGUGUGUUUUUGGCCCAUUUCAGGGCUUUUCAACAUUCCAAAGGAAAUAAAUUGAGUCGUAGGUGUCUUUUUAAUUAAAUUACAAGGUUUUUUAUCAAAACAUUUUCUAAAUAAAUUAAAGACUAUUUUUAACAUAAUGUAU